AUGAACCGUAUUUCAUUCAACGAUAACAGAAAGAACAGAAUAGUUGACCUUUUUAUUGGACCCGAUAAUGUUCUUCGAAAAGAUUAUUUUCAUGGAGUGUUUCCGGAAGCAACUGGAAUUAUUUUCUACGACAAUGAAGUUAAUCGAUAUGUAGGUAUACCACGAGACGAAAAUGGAAGUUUUAAAUUUGAAUGGAGCCCAAAUGUGAUGUACGAGUUAGUCUAUCGUGAUGAACCUCAAAAUCGUUCGAUUUCAUCUUCAUCGAACUCAUCAAAAAUUUGGAAUUGGUUAACAAUUGCAGGAAGCUUAGUGUUCAUAUGGCUUGGCUCAAUGAUUACCUCGUUAUGGUCGAACUUACAUGAAGAUGUUCUCAAAAAUAUAUUACAGAUGUCGUUCAAAAAACGCAUUAAUGUUUUUGUAAUCGAGUGA